AUGAUCCUGGAGAUCCAAGGCAACAUUACCAUUGAUAUUCAGGAGAAUCAAGAUUCUACAAAUACCGCCAUUGAAGCUAACGUCCAUUUUGUUCAGAAAACUGGCGGGAAAAUUGAGCCAUUUGAAAGUGGAAGCAAACACGAGGAAAAAGGCGGCGGCAAGGAGCUACACGAGGACCAUCAUGUCGUGGACGAAGAGAAAGGUGAUAAGGGUUACAAGGUUUUCCACGAGUUCGAUAAGGGCGAGAAGGGUCACCACGACAAAGAGAAUCAUAAACAAGAGUACGACGAGAAGGACGGGGAGGAGGAGCAGAAACACGAGGAGAUCGAUCAUUAUGGCGAAAGUCACCGCGGCGAGGAGGGUGAGAAGACUGAGAAAUUCGACGAAGAGGGGAAACACCAGAAAGGCUAUAGCACUAAGGGAGAGCACAGUGUUUCGAAGAAGGACGAGUACGAGAAGAAGCACGACUUCUACGACGAGUACCACGAGGACGGCGAGACGGAGAAACAUGGCGGCUACCAUCACGAGCACGAGGGCAAGAAAGGUGGCCACGAGAAGAUGGGCCACGUGGAUUCUGCUCACAAACAGCAUCACCAUGGAAAGAAGAAGAAACACGAGGAGGGUCAUCAUCAUCGCAAGCAGAAGGGCCGCAAACUCAGCGAGGGCCAUGACGGUCAUCAGCGACACGACAACAGAUACGGUAGGAAAGGCGGUCACGAGUUGGGGAAAAAAUGGUUUGCCAGCAACAGCCAUUAG